GGCGAAGAACGCAUCAUCUGUAUUAGAUUAGUGAAAACACAACAUAUUUAUUAUCACAAUAAUAUGUAAAUAUAUUUCUUGAUAACAAAUAUUCACAUGUUACCAUAAGCACCGUGUACGGGUUCUAAACUCCAUAAGUCUUAAGUUAUGAAAAAAGUAUCAAAAGAAAGAAAAAAAAAUUCUCACAUUGAAAACUGUUUAAAAAAUAUAUAAAAGAAUAAAAUAUUAAGCUAAGAUGAGCUCUGACGAAAAUAAUGUUGAAGAUAAACCUAAUUUAGCUACAGAAGAAUAUUGGAAUGAUACUUAUAAUGUAGAACUGAACAAUUUCAAAAACUUUGGAGAUACAGGUGCUGAAUGGUUUGGCCAUACUAUAGGACAGAAAAUGAUUAAGUGCAUACAAUCUCAUUGUAAAAUUAGUCUAGAAGAUCCUAUAUUAGAUGUUGGAUGUGGAAAUGCUUUACUCUUAAUUCAAUUAGCUAAAUUAGGAUUUACCAAUCUUUACGGCAUAGAUUAUUCAGCACCAGCAAUCAAAUUAGCGAAUUCAAUAGUUGAAGAUCAAAAAAUAGAACACAUAACUUUAAAAGAAUUUAACUUUUUGACUGAUGAUGUAAAAUCACUAUCAACAUUUGCAUUGGUCUUGGAUAAAGGUACAUAUGAUGUCAUUAGUAUGAACGAUGAGAAUAAUGAAAAAAGAAAUAUAUAUAAAAAAAACAUAAUCAAUUUGUUGCAACAAAAAGGAAAGUUACUGAUAAUUAGUUGUAAUUGGACACAACUAGAAUUGAAUGAACAAUUUAAUGAUUCUUUUCAAAUCAUACAUAUUAUUCCAACUCCAUCGUUCCAGUUUGGAGGAGCUGUUGGUAAUACAUUAUCAGCAACUCUUUAUGAAAAAUUAUAAAAACAGUUAAACUUUAUUAUAAGAAAUAUAUAUUUAAUUUACUAGACUAUAGCAAUGUAACCUAAGCUGUUCAAUAUUAAUAUUUUUGAAAAAUAA